AACGUUGACAGUGAUAGACAUUGCUGUUUGUUGUUUUUGGCAAUUUUAAUCUUCUAGGUUAUGUUUGGCGUUAAUUUAGUUCUUGUACAUUCUUAGUUUAUCACGAUACUAGAUCCAAUCAUUUGAUUAUUAUAACCCUUAAGCUCCUAUUAAUUAGACGUGCAUUAAUGUGUUUGUUUUAUGUUUUUAUUUUAUCAAAGGAAAAUUAUAUGUUACUAUACAUGAAACUCUCAUCAGUCUGAAUCUAUUAAACUAUUGUUACCGUGUAAAUUGUACAUACAUGAAAUGGCUGAAAUAUACAAAGUUAUUCACCCGGUAAAAUAUUUCACUUCUUAUAUUGAACGAAAUGUACGACCUGAUGGAAGAAAGUUCGAUGAACAUCGUAAUAUAAAACUUAAUAUCAACACAAUAAAAUCAGCUGAAACAAGUGGACUUGUUAAAUAUGGGAAUACAACAAUCAUUUGUGGUACCAAAUUGGAAUUGGCGGCACCUAAAGCUGAGGAUCCGGAUUCAGGAUUUUUGGUAACAAAUGUUGAAUUGGUACCAUUGUGCUCAUCAAAAUUCAGACCAGGCCCACCUUCUGAUCAUGCACAAGUCAUUAGCAAUGUUGUAUCUGAAAUUAUUAAUAAUUCAAAGUUUGUGAAUUUAAAAGACUUAUGCAUUGUUUCCGACAAACUGGCUUGGGUUCUGUAUUGUGAUAUUGUGUGUCUAGAUAAUGAUGGAAAUGUUGUUGAUGCUUGUAUAACAGCAUUAACUGCAAGCCUCAAAACAUUGACAUUACCAACUGUAACAUAUGAUCCAGAAACAGAAGAAAUCAAAGUUGAUACAAACAAUAGGAUAUCCUUGAAAGUAAAUGGUUUACCAGUGGCUACAAGUUUUGCUAUAUUUCCAAAUUGUGAAAGGAGUAUAUUACUAACAGACCCAAACACUUUUGAAGAAGAGAUGUGCGGUGGCAAUGGUGCUAAUGUUACCAUUUCUUGGAACAAUGGAUUCCUGUGUGGAAUACUAAAGUCUGGAGGUGGUACACUUUCAAUUGAACAGGAAAAGGAGGCUAUAAAAUUAGCAAAAGAGAGAACUCUGCUUGUAGAAAAACUUAUAGACACAUGUAUAUCAAAAAAAGAUCAAUGAAAGUAUUUUAUAAUAAUAAAAAAAUGAUUAAAUCA